UGGAGGAGGCAUGUGCAAAAAAAAAUGUGAGCAUGCCCUUACUUGGCUAAAGCUCUUCUUUUGGAGGCCUGGCCCUGUCUGUGGACUUCCACUGGCCCCUUGUGUUUAUUUAAGACCAUUACACCAGGUCGGUCCGACACGAGCUGCCUCUGCCGUCCUAGAUGGAGGUUGCAGAAGGUCCACGCUUCAACUUCGUCUUGUAAUUCCAGGAGGAUGCGUUUGCUCUGAAGUAUAUAUUUUCCUCUGAAUUUCCUCUGUCAUUUUGUCUUGACAAUCAUCCACCGGCAUGCAAUGGGUGUCCUUUCCUUCUCAGAAACCCCUGCGGUUUCCAACAGAGUACAAUCACACAGAGAGCUCAAUUAGGCUGAGUUUUGUUCAACUUCCCAUCAAAGUGUGUAAUGCUGCGGAGUAGACUUGUCUGGAGCUGCUCGCCUCUCCGGCAAUACAUUGUUAUCCUCCUCUUCCUCUGUCACUAUACCACUCGCCGCUGGGGUUUAUUUUCCUCCCCGAUAAAACCCUUCCUGCAGCUCUGUACUCUAUUACUUGUAUUGCUAUCCCCACUCACUCUGCUGCUCAUAUCCUUUUUUGUAUACUUCCUACUAUGUUAGUUUGCCAUUUUGGUAUUGCACACAGAAGGUGUUAGCUAACUCUUGACACCGAAGCUGCGUGCGAUGUUUGUAAGACUCCAGUGACAUGGAAACAUCUGGACAUGUGGAGGCUAAUAUUCCGCACCAAAACCCGUCGCACACAAGAGAACAAGUCUCAUAUCACCUGGAUAGAGAGGGAUUUUGCCAAUGUUAGAGUCAAGGAAGAUGGAAACAUCAAGGAGAUCAACAUUACCCACGUGGUCAAGGAGGGCUCAGAGAAGGCUGAUGCCUCUCAGUUUGAACUGCUCAAAGUGUUGGGACAAGGAUCCUUUGGCAAGGUGUUCCUGGUGCGAAAGGUGACCCACCCCGAUGCCAACCAGCUCUACGCCAUGAAGGUCCUCAAGAAGGCCACGCUCAAAGUGAGAGACCGCGUGAGGACCAAGAUGGAGAGAGACAUCCUUGCCGAUGUCAACCACCCAUUUGUUGUCAAACUGCACUAUGCAUUCCAGACUGAAGGGAAGCUGUACCUGAUCCUGGACUUUCUUAGAGGAGGCGAUCUCUUCACCAGACUCUCCAAAGAGGUGAUGUUCACAGAGGAGGAUGUAAAGUUUUAUCUAGCAGAGCUGGCAUUAGGGCUGGACCACCUCCAUAGCCUGGGCAUCAUUUACAGGGACCUCAAACCUGAAAACAUUCUUCUGGAUGAGGAGGGACAUAUCAAACUAACAGAUUUUGGCUUGUGUAAAGAAGCCAUUGACCAUGAGAAGAAAGCGUAUUCCUUCUGUGGUACUGUUGAGUACAUGGCACCGGAGGUCGUCAACCGGCAGGGACACGACCACAGCGCCGACUGGUGGUCAUUUGGAGUAUUAAUGUUUGAGAUGUUGACCGGAUCGCUGCCAUUUCAAGGGAAGGACCGCAAAGACACUAUGGGCCUGAUCCUGAAGGCGCGUCUGGGAAUGCCUCAAUUCCUGAGUGCAGAGGCCCAGUCUCUGCUCAGGGCUUUGUUUAAGAGGAACCCCACCAACAGGCUGGGAUCCUGUGCCGAUGGUGCAGAGGAGAUCAAGCGCCAUGGUUUCUUCUCAACCAUUGACUGGAAUAAACUCUUCAGAAGAGAAUUAAAACCUCCAUUCAAACCAGCAGUGGCACGUCCGGACGACACCUUCUACUUCGACUCAGAGUUCACCUCCCGCACCCCAAAAGACUCCCCUGGCGUGCCCCCCAGUGCCGGGGCUCACCAGCUCUUCAGAGGAUUCAGCUUCAUCGCAUCCACUCUCCUGGAAGAGGAGGAUUCGGUGGAGUCUGUGAAGCCGCCGCCGCACCCAGUGGUCCAGCAAUUACACGGGAAGAACCUGCUCUUCAGCGAUGGCUACAUUUUGAAGGAGGACAUCGGCAUGGGCUCCUUCUCUGUCUGUAAACGAUGCAUCCACAAAGCCACCAACACCGAAUACGCUGUCAAGAUGAUUGACAAGACCAGCACGGACCCCUCUGAGGAGAUUGAGAUUCUUCUUCGAUACGGCCAGCACCCAAACAUCAUAACGCUGAAGGAUGUGUACGACAAUGGUAAGCAGGUGUUCAUGGUGACGGAGCUGAUGCGCGGAGGAGAGCUGCUGGAUCGGAUCCUUAAACAGAAGUCCUUUUCGGAGAGAGAGGCCAGCGCUGUGCUUCACACCAUCACCAAGACUGCGGAGUACCUGCACUCCCAGGGGGUGGUGCACAGAGACCUGAAGCCCAGCAACAUCCUCUAUGUUGACGAGUCGGGGAAUCCAGAGUCCAUCAGGAUCUGCGACUUUGGCUUCGCUAAGCAGCUGCGGGCCAACAACGGCCUGCUGAUGACGCCGUGCUACACUGCUAACUUUGUAGCUCCUGAGGUGUUGAAGCGUCAGGGCUAUGAUGAAGGAUGCGACAUAUGGAGUCUGGGAGUCCUACUCUACACCAUGCUGGCCGGCUUUACCCCAUUCGCCAACGGACCUGAGGACACCCCGAACGAGAUCUUGAACAGGAUAGGCAACGGCCACUUCAGUCUGACUGGAGCGAACUGGGACACUGUGUCUGACGCAGCCAAGGACCUCGUUUCCAAGAUGCUACAUGUGGACCCCCAUCAGAGACUGACUGCUAAGCAGGUCCUCAAACAUCCCUGGAUUGUCCAAAGAGACAAGCUACCCAACAGCCAGCUGCCACACCAGGACCCCAAACUGGUCAAGGGGGCGAUGGCAGCCACCUACUCCGCCCUGAAGAACUCCCAGCCAACCCCGGAGCUCAAGUCCAUCGACUGCUCCUUCCUAGCUCAGAGGCGCGUCAAGAAGCUUCCUUCCACCUCGCUGUAGAGACUCACAGCAACCGACGGGCUCCCGGGAGACUGGACCCGACCGAGCACGCUGUCCGCUUGCACGGGGAUUCAAGUGUCCGCCCGCCUCUACCAGCCAUGGAACACUGACUGUUGCCCCCCCCCCUCCCUUCUUGUGAAAUCAGUUGUCCUGCUAUGGCGAUCAUCUUCCUUUGGGCUCAUCAGCUGCUGCAAACCAGUCUCUGUCGACUAGCUAAAGAUCGUGGAAAUAAAUUGAGGCUAUGAAGGGGGUGGGAAAAAAUGGCUGCAGGUUUUUGGCAAGUGUGUGUGUGUGUGUGUGUGAGAGAGAGACUUGGAUGCAGCCAUAAUCUUUCAGUUUUCUUGUAUUAUUGCUGUGAUUGGUCGUCAUCCGGCUUGCUGCACGUCUCUGUCAGUCUGCCUGUUUUGUUGUCUGUCUGUCUGUGUUCCUUUUUGCAAAGUUGAUGAGCUUUAUAUUAGCGGCUGUGCUGCCAAAUCAACCUGUGCCGACAGCACUAACCCACAAAACUGUCCAACUGCUGUUUGGAAAGAGCAUUGUUAACAUGAAUAUUAAACAUUUCUGCCAUAAAUGCCUCUUUUGGCUUUGGUACAACCAGGAUAUGUGGAUUCUGGGAAAUGUCAAAUGCUGAUAUUUUGUUUAAUGUCAAAUUCUGUUUAACAGAGAGCGUGUAUGUGUGUGUGUCAGUGGCAUGACUUGCAGUCAGUGUGUAUGUCUGCUGUCUUGCAGGAUCCUGUAGGGUCAUGUGCAUGGUCCGGUGAUGUGAUGAUGUCAUGUGGCUUCCUCGUUUCUCUUCGCUCACUUUUUCUCCGCUUGGGCACCCUGCUGGCAUCUAUUUGAAAUUACUAUUCUUUUUAUUACAACAAAACUAGUAAAAUAGGUGGCUUUCUGUGAAAGAGAAAACUUGCCCAAGGAAUAAUGUGGCAUGUUAAAAUUCUAUAUUUGCUUUUUUCUUUUCUUUUUUUCCAUCUGUGUUUCUUGGGUAAUGCAUAUUGAAUAAUGUUUCCUGUUUUGGCUGCUUUUGUUGUUAAUUGUUUUGUUGUUUUUCCUUUUGUCCAAAGAAAGUGGUGAUAAAUUAAUGAAAGAGACGCUGAGCACAUCCCAGUCUGUGUACUUAAAGCCGAACAGGUCUCUUUCUGUUUUGGGACGUAAAAGACUUGCGUCUUUAUUUGAGCACUCCAGCGCAAACCUCUCUUCUUCUUACCCUUAAAAAACGGUCAAAUCACUGGUUGCUAAUAUCUCACAGACCUUCACCAGUCUUGUGUGUAACUCUUUCAUGCAUUGUAUUGAAAUUCUGUUGAUUAGAUAUUAUGUUUCAUUCUAUUGACCUUUGAUUUGAGACAAAUAAGAAUAAUUGUGUCUCAUUGUCUCAAGUGACUUCACAUGAUGGGUCCUGCUUUCAGCUCGGUGCCUGGGCUCACGUGUGAGGCCGAAUGUGUUCCAUAGAUGACAUGUGAUGGAAAACCAAACGGCCUGAACUUAAGACCUGUGUGGCUAAAUGAUCUAUGAACCAGCUGUCUAGAAUUAUAAUUAUUGUUUGGUGGCAAAAAACGAUCCCUCCUUUUGACUAAAUUUAUGUUAAGAUGUUACUGUAUGAUAAAGAUGAAGAUUUUUAUAUCUUACAACUAUUAAAAAUUCAGUUGCUACAACAAAACGUCUGGCUUGAUCCUAUUUAGCUCUCCGACAAAGUAUUUUUUUUAUUGCACAACUUGUAUUCCGGUAAGAGCGAUUUGAGGUGUUAAUAAAACUGAGUCAUUUAGAUAUAGUAAU